AUGGCACAGGACCAAGCACCCAAAGACCGAGCACCCAAGGACCAACAUCGCAAGGUACAUCUUCGCAAGGUACAUCCUCCCAAGCAACAACCACCCAAGCAACAACCACCCAAGCAACAACCACCCAAGCAACAACCUCCCAAGCAACAACCUCCCAUAAGGAUAAUGACAGCAAGGGAUCAGAUGAUGAUAACAAUGAGGAUGAUGAUGGCGAUGUUCCAAGUCUCACUGCAUCAACAUGGAAGACAGAAAUGCUCAACCCCAGACAAAAGAUCCUCCUCGAGAAGAAGUCAGAUGUAUUUGUCUCGCAAGCCAGAACAGUCUGAAGAGUUACAAGGACCCACAACCCACCCGGCAACCGGUGACAAGACAGAAUCUCUUAUUGACGUCGGCGGCGAGAUAAUCAAGUCCCUUGAGCAGCAGCAAACAUCGGAUCCGUCUGGACCUCAUAUGCCCACCCCAGACAAUACGGGAGAACUUGACGACGUCAUGUCUCGUACUCCAAAGAAGAAACAGAAGGACAUUAAAGUGUUGGCAGCUGUUGAGAAACGAGUCAAAUCUGCACAGCAAGCUGCUCAGGGCUUGACUUACUCCCCUUUCUUGUUCAUGCCUGACAAAUAUCGAGUGGCGGACAUUGACCAUACCAGCAUGAUGCAUAUCCCAAUAUCCAUCCCAUAUGCCUUGGUCACCGGCCUACCAUCCAACCAAGUGAUGGGCAUGAUCCCUCCCGCCGUCGUACACAUGAAGAUCUCAUCGCAGUUAUACGCCAUUUCAACCGGAACCAUCUCAAGCCGCAUCUCAAAACCCUUCGCUUCGGCAACCUCCAUCACACUACGGCGCGUUACGAUCACCUCGAAGAAGGCAUUGGAUGCCGCUUUUCACUACCAUUUCCACCAGGAUCUGCUUGAACUGCUCGCGGGGCAAGGGGAGCUUGAGCCGGAGUUUCGCGCAGCUGGUUUCUAG